UUGGGGAGGAUACAUUGGCACAACAAACAUGGCUAAAAUAGCCUAUCUUCUUACCACUCUUUUAGUGGCUUUAGUGUCCCUUAGCUUCCCUUCAGAAUGCAAAGCAAAUUACUACUAUACAUCUCCACCCCCACCAACCCCAGUCUACAAGUACAAGUCUCCGCCACCACCAGUUUAUAAGUACAAGUCACCACCACCACCUCCACCUAUCUAUAAAUCUCCGCCACCACCUGUCUACAAGUACAAGUCUCCUCCUCCACCACCUCCAGUUUACAAGUACAAAUCUCCACCACCACCUGUCUAUAAGUACAAGUCUCCUCCUCCACCACCUCCAGUUUAUAAGUACAAAUCUCCACCACCACCUAUUUACAAGUACAAGUCUCCUCCUCCACCACCUCCAGUUUACAAGUACAAAUCUCCACCACCACCCGUCUACAAGUACAAGUCUCCUCCUCCACCACCUCCAGUUUACAAGUAUAAAUCUCCACCACCACCCGUCUACAAGUACAAGUCUCCUCCUCCACCACCUCCAGUUUACAAGUAUAAAUCUCCACCACCACCCGUCUACAAGUACAAGUCUCCACCACCACCAACUCCAGUUUACAAGUACAAAUCUCCACCACCACCCGUCUACAAGUACAAGUCUCCACCACCACCAACUCCAGUUUACAAGUACAAAUCUCCACCACCACCCGUCUACAAGUACAAGUCUCCACCACCACCAACUCCAGUUUAUAAGUACAAAUCUCCACCACCACCCGUCUACAAGUACAAGUCUCCACCACCACCCACUCCAGUUUACAAGUACAAAUCUCCACCACCACCCGUCUACAAGUACAAGUCUCCACCACCACCACCUCCGGUAUACAAAUAUAAGUCCCCACCACCUCCAGUCUACAAGUACAAGUCUCCACCACCACCUGUUUAUAAGUACAAAUCUCCACCGCCACCUGUUUAUAAGUACAAGUCUCCUCCACCACCUCCUCCAGUUUACAAGUACAAGUCACCACCACCACCAGUUUACAAGUACAAGUCACCACCACCACCAGUUUACAAGUCUCCAGCCCCUUACUAUUACACUUCUCCACCUCCUCCUAGCCACUACUAGUUUUACUCUCUCAAUCGAGGACAAGAAGAAUAAGAAGGAAAAGCUCCAUGAGAGAAUAAAUGGAAGAGUUUUAAAGUAGUAGUAAUUUUGUUUUGUGUUUUGUGCCAUUGACUUCACGUAGUUGAAUAUUCCGUGAAGUUGUUGAACUAUAGUAUAUUGGUUAUUGGAUGCAUGUAAUAUAUUUAUUUACGUACCAAUAGACGUACAUGUUUAUUAUGUGCUUUUGAGUUUUGACUUCGAAUUGAAUUUUAUAAGUCAAGGUACUCUGUAAUAAGAUGAAUAAAGUUCAUUGAAUAGUAUUGUUGUGA